AUGGUGUACUGGUUGCACAAAGCAACUUGUGUUUGCCUUUCAACUAAUUGGACACUCUGGCAGCUGAAAACACUUAAGCAGAUGAGCGAACAUUGGGGAAUAUUCGUCAAGUACUGUAAAGAUAACGAUUACGAGAGGGAACUUGAGGUCAUAGAGUCAGCAGCCAUUGACAGCAGGGAUCCUUCUCGGUUACAACACCCCCUUUCUUUAACCCACUACAGUGACGUCUCUCAAACGUCAGAGAGAGGACAAAAUCAGAGCUUUUCUUCAGCAAGUAAUGUUGGGGAUGCAGCGUGUAGUUUUGGUGACGCAUCUUCACGGUCUCAUGAUAUUCAGUAUCAGAGAUAUCCUCAUGCUCAGCGGCAGCUCUCACCACCUGUGUCAGUCGAAGAAGGAUCCCUCCCUCCAUCAGUAACAAGACGACAGCACAGCUUGCCGGCCAGCAGUAGGUACGUCCAACCGACAUCAAGAGCACAGGGGGAAGAACUAUCCGACAGAACCGGGGACAACAUUAAUGCAGAGUAUCUGAGGGAAUCCCAAAGGGCAUCAGCAGCACCCGCACGUCCCAUCCCUGACAAAAUAGACAGAGAUAUCCAGACUUUGUCUGAAUCUCUGUCUCAAGUAGACCUUGAUGGGAAUAAGGAGCAUCAUAUUCCUCCCGACACGAUCCACAUCACAUACUCGGUGAACCUCAAAACCGGCAAAACGCAGCACGUAGCCACGAAGCCGUCUCCUGAGGAACCACCAACUGAAGUCGCCUCCAAGAAGCACGUCCGCGAGGCUCUUAAAAGACCGCAAAAUAAUCUGAGACUAAAGUAUGACUUCUUCGUCAUCUACAGCAGUAGUGCCUCUGAAUGGGUGCAACACCGCAUGCUGGAAGAACUGGAAGAAAGCGGUUUUAAAGGCUGCAUCAAAGAUCGCGACUUCGAACUCGGCAAACCCAGGCUACAAAACUACUCAGACAGCAUUGAGGACAGUGUCUGUGUCAUUAUUGUACUCACCAGGGACUUUGAAACCAACGAUAAUGACCUCAGGGCCAUGUAUAUUGUAUUGGAGAGUGAUCGGCUGGUUAUCCCUGUUCUCCUUGAAGACAGGGUAAUGCCACCGGUGCUCAAACCAAUCAAGCACCUUGAUGCAACAGGUGCUGUUGACUGGCCGAAAUUGGCAAGCUGUAUCGAGCAACAGGUUAAACUUUAG